UCUCGAUAUCGUCGACUACGGUCCGCCAAAUAUUUUCUCUUGCAGUUUUCAGUAUCGACAUCGCUAUUGAACAUGAUACGCGAUCUACGGUUGGGAUUGUUCCUGGUAACUUUAGCCGUGUACUAUGCAGCUGGCGACACAAAUAAUUCAAAACUACCAGAUGAAAACAUUACUGCUGGAUACGAGUUGAGAAAACAACUGUUGACAAAUUACGACAAAGUGGUGGUGCCGGCUACAAAUAAGAAACUCGUUCAUAUGAAAAUGAACACUGUAUUCAACAGCGUGGAAUUGAGUUACGAAAAUUCCCAUAUGGUGAUUUACGCCUGGUUGAAAAUGGUGUGGAAUGACGAACGACUAACAUGGAACCCGAACGAUUACGAUAAAAUCAAUUACAUAACAGUCGAACACCACGAAAUUUGGCAUCCAGACAUUAUGGCCUAUAACAACAUAAACGACAACACCGUAGAACACAGACACCCGCUAAGCCUCGUGGAAAGCACCGGAGACGUAAUGUGGGUACAGCCCGUCCAGUUCAAGAUACACUGCCAAGCCGACAUGACUCAUUGGCCGUUCGAUACGCAGACUGGAGUGUUGAAAGUCGGAUCGUGGGUGCACAGCACGAACGUGAUAAAUCUGACAGACACCGCACACGAGAUCGAAAUCGUUAGCCCCCAUUCGGAAUGGCAAAUAUUACAAGUCUCUAGUGAGAAAAUGACAAAACUCUAUUCGUGCUGCCCGAACGAACCGUACAACCACGUCGAAUACAACAUCACCAUCAAUCGGAAAACUAGCCAUCGUCAUUCGAUCGUUUUCAUACCGGCGUUAUGUACAGCUCUGUUGAAUUUACUGGUGUUUUGGCUUUCGCUAGAUGACAGGUGUAAAUUGAUAAUGAGCCUAUUCAACGCAUUGAUUGUUGUCGUCAUUCUACAGGUUCUGUACUCGAAAAUACCUCUAACACUGUCCACCGUUCCGUUGAUUGCUACAUACUACACGUACAGUCUCGGGCUGAUAGUUUCGACGGCUAUAAUAUCAGUGAUGGUAAAAAAUAUGAUAAUAACGCAGAAGUCGCUUUCAAAACCAAUUUCAAGCAUCGUUCAAUCCAGAUUUAUAGAAUUCCUGACAAUGGAGGGACCGUCGUCAAAUAAUCGAACUCAAGACGAAGGCCAAGAAAUAGAUUUACAAUUCAUAGAGUUUAACAAAAGACAAGCGUUUGCUAAAACAAUCGAUAAAAUAUGUUUUGUUAUAUUUUCAAUUAUUUAUGUUAUUCUUCUAUCGCGCUUUGUGUUUUAGUUAGUGUAAAUAAUGAUAUCUUUUAAGUGUAUUUAAAGUCAUUGCAGCAUGAACAUGGGCUUCUAAAUACCAAUAUACAAUUUUUUAUCGUUCAAAUAUUAUAAUAUUACAAGGUAGAAUUCAAUUAUGAUAAAAUGUAUUCAUUAAAAUUUAGUCUCGUUAUUAUUUGUUUGCAAAUGUAUGUUCCUCCAGGCGUUUUAGUAGUCCCGUAAUACUUCCCCUGGUAAUAAUACAUUCGAAUGUACGUAUUAAUUCAUUGCUGUUUUCAGAAGAAUUAUAAUUUUAUCAAUUAAUAACAAUAGAAUUUAAGAAUUAUUCAUUAUUGCUUUUAUACUAGUGUACGCUAUACUCGUACAUAGCUAUAAGCAUUUAAUUAAUAUCUAUAAUAAAAAUCACUAA